GCUAAAAGCUUUCUGGGCCUCGGCGGUUUCCGUGCCAGGUGACUCCCAUUUCCACCCUCAGUGGUCUGAUCGCUCUCAGUAAAGCCAGAGCGAUUACAGUCUGUCUAGAGAGCGCAGCUAGCUGACGCAGCAGCAUCUAGCAACAGUUAGCGGUUAGAAGGGAUCGGGUGUGAGUCUCUCCAAGCCUUCAGUGAUUAUUAUUUACAAUGAAGAAAUUAAAAAGGGCCACAUCCUGACGUCCGCAUUGUGGUCAAUGACGGCCUGUCUCGGUGUUGGUGACUGACAUGGACGCCAGUGACAAUAAGGAUGUGAAGCUUUCAGCCGAAGUGGAGCCAUUUAUUCCGCAGAAGAAAGGUCUCGAAGGAUCCCUAGUCAGCAUGAGUCUUUCUGGAGAGGCAGGUGGUGGAGGAGGAGGUGGAGGCAGUAUAGGUGGAGUCAAUGGAGGGGUGGAAACCACUCCCAUACCCAGCUACCUCAUCACCUGCUACCCUUUCGUCCAAGAGAACCAACCCAACAGGCAACAUCCUGUGUACAAUGGAGGGGAGCUGCGCUGGCAGCAGCCUAACCCCAGCCCUGGUGGUUCAUACCUGGCCUACCCCAUUUUGUCGUCCCCCCAGCCUCCUGUCUCCAAUGACUAUGCUUACUACCAGAUUAUGCCUGCUCCAUGCCCACCUGUGAUGGGCUUCUACCAGCCCUUCCCUGGCACCUAUGCAGGGCCUGUGCAAGCUGGAGUGGUCAACCCUGUCUCGGCAGAUGUCAGUGAAAGACCCCUGCCUCUGGGACCAGCAUAUGGAAUGGCCAGUCAGAGAGGGAGAGGCAUGAUCCGACCUAAUGUUUUCUCAAAGCAACAGCUGGGUGUGUGUCAACCUCCAAGGGGACGCAGACCUCCAACCAGGAGUGUAGCAGUGCAGAAGGAGGUGUGCACCUUUGGGCCUGAUGGUAGGACCAAGACGGUCAUGCUGGUGGAUGCAGCACAGCAGACUGAUUUCCCAGGUGAGGUGUCAGGACGGACUGCUGCCGAGCGGGCGAGUCCUCUGCUGUGGAAGAACCGAACAAAGAGAAGACGGGCGUCCCAUCCAGGUGAAAUCUACAACGAGCAUGGUGCCAGUGAGGCAGAUAUAGACAGCGACAGCGGCUACUGUAGCCCCAAACACAACCAGGCCACAGGGGCAACACAGCGAACAGGAGAGAAUACAGCAGCACCCACAGGAGUAGAGGCUGGCGUAAUGACUGCAGGUACCUGGGUAAAUGUAGCCUCUCAGGCUACCCCAAAGUCCUGGGGAGACAGGAAUGGCCAGUUUCACAGAGCAGACCAGAGGAAGAAUCCCGAGCAGAGGAACUUCUCACAGGAUUUCCACGGUGGCUAUCCAGGGCGCGUGCCCCCCAUCCAAUCAGAACAAAGACUACAGCCAGCUGCGGUCAACCCAGAGCCCCUGUACUUUGAGGAUGAAGAUGAGUUCCCAGAUCUGGCUGCUGGAGGGACUGUUCAGCGCAGCACCAAACCAGAAUCUACUCCAGCCCAGACAAACACGCAGCCUAAACUGCCCAAAAACUUACUGGACAACCUACCAGAAAACUCCCCUAUCAACAUUGUGCAAACACCUAUCCCCAUUACCACUUCUGUUCCCAAGAGGGCCAAGAGCCAGAGGAAGAAGGCUCUGGCUGCUGCUUUGGCCACUGCACAGGAGUACUCUGAGAUCAGCAUGGAACAGAGGAAAUUACAGGAGGCAUUCACUAAAGCAGCAGGAAAGAAAAGUAAAACCUCCGUGGAGCUGGACCUGGGAGACAUGCUGGCAGCUUUGGAGAAACAUCAGCAGGCAAUGAAGGCCAGACAAGUCACCAAUACCAAGCCGCUGUCUUUUACAGUUGGAACAACUACUCCGUUCCAUGGUUCAGGCUCGACCAAUGUGCCGUCCACGUUGAAGGGCCACCAGCAGCCACACUCAGCCCCACAUAAUUCUCUGGAUUCGACUGCACCACGUGUCAAGAGAGGGAAGGAGAGGGAGAUCCCCAAAGUUAAACGGCCAACGGCCCUUAAGAAGAUUAUCUUGAAGGAACGUGAAGGGAAGAAAGGGAAGGCAAGUGUGGAACAGGAGUCUUCGGGCCAGGAGGAACAUGGGGAGGAAUGUCUACAUUUCACUGAUGAUCUUCCACGAGAGCCGGCCUCCCAAGAAGACAAUGGUCUGAGCGUGCCCAGUGAUGCAUCCCUCUCCCCGGCCAGUCAAAACUCUCCGUAUAGCAUCACCCCAGUAUCCCAGGGUUCUCCUGCCAGCUCUGGCAUUGGGAGCCCGAUGGCCUCAAACGCCAUCACGAAGAUCCACAGCCGACGUUUUAGAGAGUACUGCAACCAGGUGCUGAGUAAGGAGAUCGAUGAGAGCGUGACUCUGCUGUUGCAGGAACUGGUUCGCUUCCAGGAGCGGGUCUACCAGAAGGAUCCCACUAAGGCCAAAUCCAAACGCCGCCUGGUCAUGGGUCUCAGAGAGGUCACCAAGCACAUGAAGUUGCAUAAGAUAAAGUGUGUUAUCAUCUCUCCCAACUGUGAGAAGAUCCAGGCCAAAGGUGGUUUGGAUGAAGCUUUAUACAAUGUAAUCGCCAUGGCUCGUGAGCAGGAGAUCCCAUUUGUGUUUGCCUUGGGCAGAAAAGCACUCGGACGCUGUGUAAACAAGCUAGUGCCUGUUAGUGUGGUUGGAAUUUUCAACUAUUCUGGAGCAGAGGGUCUCUUCAACCGAUUGGUGUCUUUAACUGAGGAGGCCAGGAAGGCCUACAAGGACAUGGUGUCAGCUCUGGAGCAGGAGCAGGCUGAGGAGGCUCUAAAAAAUGACAAGAAAGUCCCACACCACAUGGGGCAUUCCCGCAACCACUCUGCUGCUUCUGCCAUCUCCUUUUGUUCUAUCUUCUCUGAGCCUAUCUCAGAGGUCAAUGAAAAGGAAUAUGAGACCAACUGGAGGAGUAUGGUGGAGACUUCAGAUGCCCUAGAGCCUGUAGAAGCUGAGCUGAGUCGCCCAGCACCUUCUGCAGCUCCCCAGAAGGACGGUGAGGCUCUGACAGCCACAGCAAGCACCACCCCGGCUGGCUCCACUGCCGGCCAGCCCAGGGCGGCGCCCCUGACGCAGAGUAACGGCGAGAGAGACGAGGUCCGCGUUGACGACCGGCUGGAGCUGGCCUCCCAGCAGAGCACGGAGACGGGCUCGUUGGAUGGGAGCUGCAGGGGCCCGCUGAACUCCUCCAUCACCUCCACCACUUCCACCCUGGUCCCUGGGAUGUUGGAAGAGGCAGACGAGGAGGAAGAGGAGGAGGAGGACUACACUCCCGAACCCAUUUCCGUGGAGGUGCCAACGCUCAGCAGCCGCAUCGAAUCCUGGGUGUCAAAGACUCUGGAAAACCUGCAGCUGGGAAAGAGCCAGGAAAGUACAGAGGAGGAGGAGGAGGAAGAGGAAGACGAUGAAGAGGAGAGAGGGCAGAGUGAGGACGAGGAGGACCUCGAUUCAGCGGACAUCACAGAAACGGCGAGUGAGGGUAAAGAGCAAGUGGAGGCUAAGAAGGUCACGGGCUGAUGUCAGCUCCGAUCAUCUGUUCUUACAUACACUCGUUCCCUCGUGUCCUUUGUCACACUCUCACGUUCCUCUUCACAGCAGCCAGCAGCUUUCCUCCUUUGUCUCUAACCCCUGACACUGGACAUAAUCUCAGGUAUCCAACCAGCUGACCAACACACACCCACACCCACAGCAUUAAUACAAUACAGAGAAACUGACCAACUUAAUAACAUACAGGGUCGCAGACCAAAUGACAACUAACGCAGUUUGAAGGUUUUGCAGUUGACACCAACUCUGCUUUAAAAAAAAGCACUCGUCUUUGUCCUCGCUUCUUCUUCUGCCCAUAACCUGCAACACUUGAAUUUAGACGGAAGUCUUUGACUUUCCUCCCUAUGAAGAUGAACUCUUUGAGAGUCGGGGACGUUUCUGGGAGCAAGUGAUGAGCUCUAAAAUAAUACUGAACUGCUGUCUGUGGAUCACAGAAGAGGAAGUUUAGAGCCUUUCAGCUCCCAUCUUACUUCACACAGAGCUCAGAAGGUUUACAGCUCUGCAAGUAUUUGUGUGCUUGUGUAUUUGUGUGUGUGUGUGUGUGUGUGUGUGCUUUGCAGGCACAUAGGUUGCAUUUAUUUUGCUGUGUUCAUUAGCUUUAUCUUUGUAAAUAAUGUAUGUGUGGGUUGUUGUUUUUUGUUUUUUGUUUUUUUUUUCACCUGACUGCUCUGUGAGGGAAGGACACGUUUUUUUUCCUAAUCACUGCUCGGUUUCCUCACAGAAUAUUACAGUGUCAGGGGUUUUGUCUUUCUACAAAAUAAAUCAUGUCCGCCCGUCAGAGAGUGUUUUUUAAUGUUCACAUAAUAAGUGGCCCAUUCUGUAUUCAGAUGAUUUAAACGACUUAACUUCUAAGAAGCAAAAAAAAAAAAAAAAAAAAAAAAGCUGUGUGUAUAUAACCUUGUCUAUGUGGUUCUGCUACAGUAUAUAAUGGUUUGUCAUAUUGAUCUUGCCUAGUAUGAAACUAUUUAGGGUUGUUUUCCUGUGACUGGAAAUGUCUUGAGUUCCCAGAUGCUGUCUGUGCGUCAUACAAAAAAAAAGUUCUCCUGUUCUUGUUCUCUCUGGUUAAGUUUGUUGUCUGGUUGGGGUUUGGCAGGGGGGCUCUCAAGCUGACUUGGUAAUGAUUUAACACCUUUUUUAGAAGUCUGUUCAUCAAAUCUCCCCCCACCCCAUCCAUCCAGGACGAUAGGAAGUACAUUUUGUGUUUUGGUAACAAAGCAUUUAGACACAGAGCUUAGUUAAGUUGCUCUUUACCAGCAUUGGCUCCAUUUGUCUUUUAAAAUGUGCCACUUAAGUCCAACAUUAACCAAUAGGAAAAGCAGUUGUUAACUGUUAUUAAAGAAAUGACGCAAUUCUCAAGUUUACAUAAAAUCAGAAGUGUUUGCUUACAACCGAUGCAAAUCUUUGUAGAGCUCUUCUAGAUUUUAUAGACGGAUUUUUCUGGGCACCCAGCUGACACGCUCCCUGAUCGGGGGCGCAGUCACCUGAGGAAGUCAAAAAAGUUGUUGCAGACUCGUGUGCACACUAAUGAUAAACCCUUUGUAAAUACAAGUGUACAAAAGAGAGUUUGAUUUUGCAUUGUAUUAUAAAGAAAUACAAUCAUCCUGUUCUUAAAGCCAUUUGAUAGUUUUAACAUUUAAACAGUGGGAAUCCAGUUCGAUAGUGAAUCAUGGUGAGUUUUCAGCCACUCGCUGGUGAUAAAUGCGGCGUGUCAAUGCAGUAUGUCGGGCUGUAUGCAAUGUGAAGCCCUGAGAUGGGAGAUGACAGUGUACUGAAUAUCAUACUUGGGAUUAUGAAAGUAUUUCUAGUUUGAUAAAAGGUACGCUGUGUGUGCAGGCUUUUUGUUGCUAUGACUUCCAUCAAAGUGUUUGAAGUAUGUUAAUUGACAGCAAGUGUGUUUUUUGCACUAUGUAAAUACGUACUGGUAAAGGUCUUGUAACUAAUGUGAUCAAAAAACAAACAAACAAAAAAACGGUUCGGUGAAGUACUUUUUCAGCGUGUUCCUCGUCUUUAUAUGGAUAUUUAAGACUGUCUCUCCUUUAAACUGUACAUCGCUAGCAACAUUGUUAAAGGCUGUUUUCUCAUAAUCCUGUUAUCUCUCUUAACCUUCAUGGACUGAUGAUUAACAUCAUUAAAAUGUUGUUUAUGUAAA